CUAUACGAGAGCGCGAAGAAGUAACCUUGUAGAGAGAGAUAGAGAGAGAAAGAGAAAGCAGCUAGCAAUGAAGCUUCGAUUCGCGAUGGUAUGUUCGUCGAACCAGAAUAGAAGCAUGGAAUCCCAUUCCCUUCUCAAAUUAGAGGGUUUCGAGGUCGCCUCCUAUGGAACUGGUACGCACGUCAAACUCCCCGGACCUUCUCUUAGAGAGCCAAAUGUCUACGAUUUCGGAACUCCUUAUAAGCAAAUGUUCGACGACCUCCGCCGCAAAGACUCCGAACUAUAUAAGCGUAAUGGAAUAUUGCCAAUGUUAAAGAGAAAUUCAACUGUGAAGCUUGCACCUCAACGGUGGCAGGACAAUGCAGCUGAUGGUCCAUUUGAUGUUGUUUUAACAUUUGAAGAAAAGGUCUUUGACAAUGUGAUUGAAGAUAUGAACAAUCGAGAUCAUGUUCUAAUGAAACCGGUGUUGAUAAUAAAUCUGGAAAUAAAAGAUAAUCAUGAGGAGGCAGCAAUUGGAGGUCGACUUGCUUUUUCUUUGUGCCAAGAGCUUAAUGAAACUGACAUGUGGGAGGAGUCAAUCGAUGAAAUUGUGGCCAAUUUUGAGAGAAAACACAGGAAGAAGCUCUUAUACAGUGUAUCUUUCUAUUGAAGAUAAUCAAGGCAAUGAUACUAAAUGUUCUUUGGGAAGAUGGUCAAAACUUGACGAACACAUUUGGGAGUAGCUUUAAAUAUCAAUUUCUUGAAAAGGAACAUCAGAUAUUUCCCAUUUUCCAGAAUUCUGCUGCCAAACCGUGAUCCUAUGUAGCAAAUGUAUUUUCGAUAAGCUUUAGUAGAAGAAGGAACCACUAUAUUUCUAUAAAGAUGAAGGCAUCAGCAACUGUAGAUGCCUUUUAUAGAUAAUAGUGAUUUGAAAUUGUGGUUUUUUGUGUAAUUUCUUCUUUAUCUGCUCAUUUAAAAUUACAUAUUUUU